AUGCGGCACGUUCGCUCGCUUCCACCAUUCUGGAAGCCACUUGAGCCGCUUGAGCCACUUGAGGCCUUCAAACACAGUGGUCAGAUCCGGAGGGCUCCGGUGUACACAGCGCAGGGUCGCGAGGCCUGGCGAGAACCUGUGGCGGCUCCGGGACCAGUGCCAGGAGAGUACAACGUCGAAAAGGCUUUGCGCAACGGGAAGAUCACUCCCUAUAGGUGGACCAUGCAGGGCAAGACAGAGCCCUUGUCGCCUGCGCGGGGCGAGCGGGCCACCAUCAAGCCAGGACCCGGUCAUUACAAGCUCCCCUCCAUCGGCGGAAGGAAUGCAUACCCUCACAUCGACAAGCCGCCCAUGUGGAAGUUCUUGCAAAUGAAGCAAUGGGCUGCUUUGCCGUGCUUCCUUGCGCUGUGCGGGGCCGAGCACGUUCUCCGGCUGCAGAGGCAUGACUUCCAGCCUACGACGGCACUGGAAAAUCCCAACUCCACGGUGUUCCAGUCUUGGCCGACAAGGACCCAGACGGGCACGCACUUGGAUCAGCUGUUGAUGCUGCUACGACCACUGGCACACAGCAGCUUGCGAUCUGAGGAGCUGAGGGAUAGACAGAACUUGUUCUACACCGCUGCAGUGGAGAUUGGCGUGCCGCCCCAGGAAGUUCAGCUCAUCUUGGACACAGGCUCCUCGGAUCUUUGGGUUUCUCAUCGAGUGUUCCACCUCGACUGGUCCGACACAUGGAGCUCCGAGGGCUAUCCCGUCAACAUGACCUACGGCAUCGGUUCGAUGAGUGGUGUUUACGGGCUGGACCAGGUAUGUCUUCACACAUCGCCCGAGAGGACCUGUAUUCGUGAGCAGCCUGUCAUCUACGGGCUCCAGACGCACGACAUUCCUGACAAAAUCCAUGGUGUCCUCGGUCUGGCCUUUAUCGGGCUUUCGCACGUGCACCAUACAUUCCUGCGGAACCUCAAUAGGAGCUUUGCCGACCUCGCCUUUGCGUUUGCAUUGCGCAGGGGUGAUGAGGAAUCCCUGUUCACAGUGGGUAACUACGAUGAGGUCCUCGCACGCGGCUUCCAGGUCACUGGCAUCGACGAAGACUCGGUUGUGCGCGCGGACGUGCUGAAUAUCUUCAGGGUCGAAGGCGAAGCAGGCCCGCAAGCAGGCUGGUGGCUCACGGAGGCCCGCGUGAAGGCCCAGACACCUCACAAGUGGACACUGCGCUUCUUCUACUUCCUGUACACGCAGCUGUACUUCAUGCUGCUGUUGUGUUGCAUUGCCAGCCUUCGUUACCUGGCGCGAUGGUACUGCUGGGCGAAGGUCUUUAGCUACGUCAUUGGUCUUUCUCUGAUCCUGUACUUCUUGCAAGUCCUCACUGUCGGGAACUUCGACCACAUUGUGCUAGCAUGUCUCGACACCGGCACGUCAUUGAUCUCCAUCCCCGAAGGCCAAUUUCUGCCAGUUGUUUUGGGGCUGUUUGGGACAGCAGCGAUUGAAGAGUGCGCGCUGAGCGGGGGCGUUGAGCUCCUCUGCCCAUGCUCGGUUGCAAGCUCUGCGACUCCUCUGACCAUCUACUUUGGUGAGAAGCCGAUCACCCUUCAGCCCGCGAACAUGUUCAUGAAGGUUGGGAGCUACCACGGAGAGGACAUUUGCAUGACCGGCCUGUCAUCUUCGAAUCAGGGCAUCUGGAUACUCGGGGAUGUAUUUCUGCGACAUGUCUACGCUGUGCACAGCUUCAACCGGAAAGAAGUCGCUAUGCUCCCCUACGCCGAUGCGGUGGUUGAGACUGUUGAGAUCCCAGCCCAUCUGUGGGUCUGGGCAGCUACGGCAGCUGCGGCUGGAUUCCUGGCCUCCAUGCUGGUGCUUCUCUUCACGAAGAAAUCCGUGACGGAACCGACCGUGGGGGCAGCAGUCCGAGUUCCGUUGCUUCAGCCAGAAGCGAUGUCAAUGUCUAGAAUCUGA